CCGGAGUCGAGAUCUCACUUACGGAGUACCCAAAUUAACGUUAGGUAGGUACUGAUCUCGAUCUUCCCCGCAAACAUAAGUUAAUUCUCCUUCCCUCCAUGUUUAACGCCCGACUCUGAAUUUGGGUCUUGCUGGUGCACGCGUGGUAACCUGCAUUGCAGGCUCACAGUAGGUUAAUGGGUACCAUAUUCCGGGCCUCACGAGACGUUCCACGACCGGGUCCUUCAUACGACUGAACAAGAAGCCGAAAACAGACGUUUGACAUGAUGUAACAAUAUAGCCACACGUCAUGAUUCAUAAUGGCCCCGGAUUUUGCUUCCUUUAGGCCUUGGUGCAUUUCCCCUGGCUGAAGCGAAAGUCGAGAGCUGAGCUGAGUUUUGUGUGCCUGGAUCUUUUCAUUGCUCGUCUCUCAAUAAGCCAGACCAGAUUGUUAGUAUCUCACCCUGAAAGUGACAACUCUCGACACCAUGGCAGGCCAACCCAACAUGAAGUCCAGCAAGGAGAUGAUGAAGAACAAGAACGUGGCCGGGGGCCAGCUUGCGAUGCUCACCAAAGACUACCCUGUCGGCUACUACAAAGACGGCUACUGUAGAACCGGCUCCGAUGACAAGGGCAACCACUCCGUCGGAGCGACCGUCAACAAAGAAUUCCUCGAUUUCACAAAUUCAAGAGGAAACACUCUGGAAAAAGCGGGCGUGAAGGACGGCAUGAGGUGGUGCUUGUGUGCCAGUCGAUGGAAGGAAGCAUUUGAUGCGGCGCAAAAAGGCGACCUGGCGCAUUCAGCAGUGCCAAAAGUUCACAUCCAUGCGUCGCACGAGAAGGCUCUGGACGUAGUCAGCUACAAGGAGAUGAAGAAGUACUCGGCUGAGGGAGAAGUGCCUGGCGGUCAAAGCAGAAAUCGACAACCUGAUUACACUUCGCCAGAGAAGCCUGGAGGACCUGCAAAAGAAAGCAGUGAUAUCAGUGGCAACUCGGAGACGACUGGAGGAUCAGGUGUUCGAACAGAUCCCGACCACAACAAGCCUACCAAGUCAUAAGGAGGUAGUCGGCGACAUGUCAAAAAGUAAUGCUCAAA